UCCAGAGGCGGGGCCAGCCGCUUGAGGGCGGGGCACAGCCUUGGUGGGCGUGGCCUUCCGAAGCUGCUCUGCAGCCACGUCCCACGGUCCCCCUCCAAAGCCACCCUGGCUUCAAGAUCUUCAGGGCUCCAGACAUGUCCGAAGUGAAGAGCCGAAAGAAACCGGGGUCCAAGGUGGCUGCCCCUGAGCCCGAGAAGCGGAGUGAUGGCAGGAAAAACCCCGAGGCGCGGGGGGAAGCGGGCUGGGCGGACCCCCGCACCGGGCUCAGCCUGCUGUCUCUGGCGACGAGCCUGGGCCUGGCCUGGCUUGUAUUUCAACAAUCAGAAAAGUUUGCGAAGGUAGAAAAACAAUACCGGUUACUGCAAACAGAGAGCAGCGAGUUUCAGGGCCUCCAGAGUAAAAUCAGUUUAAUUUCCAGCAAGCUUGAGUCUACUGAAAAUACCCUGCAGGAAGCUACGUCAUCCAUGUCUUUGAUGACCCAGUUUGAACAGGAAGUAUCUGGCCUCCAAAGAUCCAUACGUGACAUUGAGACUAGUGAAGAGAUGCUCACACAAAAGAUGCAAAACCUUAAGGAGAAAUUCCAGAACAUUACAGACUUCUGGAAGAGAACACUGGCAGACAUGAGCGAUGACACAGCCGUCUUCAAAUCAGAAGCGAAGGAUACACAUUCUGAAGUUACUCUGAAGAUUAACUCAGCGGAGCAAGAAAUAAAAUCGCUCACUGAACGUCUAAAAGAUUUAGAAGACAGCACACUGCGAAACAUCAGAACAGUGAGCAGGCAAGAAGAGGAAGAUCUUCUACGGGUCGAGGCCCAGCUUAGCUCUGAUACCAAAGUGGUUAAGAAGCUAGAAGAAGAACAGCACACGCUCCUAGCCAGAGACGAAGAUCUGACCAACAAACUCUCCAGCUACGAACCCAAAGUAGAAGAGUGCAAGGCACACUUGCCAACCAUAGAAAAUGCUGUCCACUCCGUUCUCAGAGUCUCUCAGGAUCUGAUAGGAACAGAAAGGAAGAUGGAGGAGCUGACGAUGCAGAUGUUCAACAUGGAGGACGACAUGCUGAGGGCCGUGUCUGAGAUCAUGGAGAUGCAGAAAACCCUGGAGGGGAUCCAGUAUGACAACAGCUUACUAAAGAUGCAGAACGAGCUGGUCCUUCUAAAAGGAAAAGUUCAUGACUUCAUAGCAUAUUCAAGUGCACGGGAAAAGGGGACUUCGGGAGAGUAUAACCUAGGAAAUAAGGGAACUGAUGAGUAUUAAAUUUACUGCACAUCUUCUGAUGGGCUGCACUACCAAGUGGGAAUCAUUCACUCCUACAUUUUUUAGGGUUUUGUUUUUUGAUCUGCCUCAUGUUACUCGAGAAUAAGUGGAGUGUGUGCCAUAUGGCGUAUGCAUCUAAUCAAACUUUUUUUAUAUUUUUAAUCUCUAAAACUUACGUUAACUAUGUUCAUAGCAAUACUUCUAAAAUAUAUAUUGCUCUACUUUUUUAGGCAGUAUAUUUAAUAUUUACAUGUCUUUCCAAUGAUUAAUAGACAUUAUUAUGAGUUGUAUUAUUCUAUCUAUCUAUCUAUUCUGGAGAUAGAGAGACAGACAGAUAAUCUGUAGCAAAUAUUAAAACCUCUUACCAUUUCACUGUGACCCUCAUUAUCUGUUUUCUAAGCUAUGUUUCUCAUAACUUUUCUGUGUUCUGCUCUUGUAGCCAGUUGGUAACAUACCUUCCUCUCCCAGGUUUUUGGGGCUCUUUUUUUUUUUUUUUAAUUCAGACAACCAAGCUCGUAAGAAGUGUAUGUAAAAUAGAAGGUAACCUUCCUGCAGGAGAACCAAGGGGCUCUCCUGUGAGGCAGUGCCACGCUAUAAAAACUAUGAAAACUGAAAAGUAGCCUCCCUUUUGCAAAGGUUCUAAGCUGUGUUACAGAUACUUAUAAGAGGUUUAAGAUGUGAGUGAAUGUGUCCCUAUUGUGUUCUCAUUUAUGGUCUUUUCUAUGAACUGGUGAUGUUUUGAAGUAUGGGUUUAUGGAGUCUCUUUGUGAACCUGGACUUUUAUUUCUAAAGUUUGAACUGUGUGACACUAGAGUUUACGGAAUACAAUUAAUAGAUACUUAAAAUAAGAACAUGUUGGUAAGCCUGUGCCUAUUUUAAAGAUAAAAUAACAUAGCAAUAAAUUGUAAUAAUGACAUAUUUACAUCAUUAUUUUAAAGAUUCUCCAAUGUAUGAAACUAAAUUUGUUUCACAUAUUAAUUUUUUAAAAAGCAGGGCUGGAGCUAAGUACGGUGGCGCACAGCUUUGAUACCAGCACUCCAGAGGUAAAGGCAGUCGGCUCUCUAAGUUCAAGAUCACCCUGGUCUACAUAGUAAGACUGUGUCUCAAAACAAAACAAAA